UGACGAGGUCGCAACAAAUUUUCCAAGAAUAUUGAUUUUCUCUCAACAUCGGUCGCAAUCAAAACACGUAAAUUUUCUUCACAUUGACUUGAACGAGUUCCGCUAUGAAAUAAAAAAUAAAUAUAUUAUUCCUUUUGGAAAUUACAAAAUAUAUAUAUUAACAGUUGGAUUGUGUAAACAGUUUUAAAAACGUGUUAAUAGCAAUUUGUGAAGUACCUAGCAUUAGAAAAGGCGAAGUUUAUAAAAAUGUCAUCUCGCGCACUUAAGAAAUUGCAAAGUGGUAUAGAAAAGGAUUUAAUAAUCGAUGGCAAAGAUAGCAACGAUGAUGACCAACUAAGUGAGGAUGAUGACGAAUUGGAAACAACACGGGGAAAGCACUUGAAUCCCUUUGAUCUGUUGAAUCAACAAAGUUUCUCGGAGAGCGAAGUCAAAGAGGAUGACAACGAAACGGAGCAUGCUUCAACGGCGGCAAAUCUACCAAGUGGGGCAGGUGGUGGUGGUGCAGCCAAACAAAAGAAGAAGAAGAAGCGCAAGAAGAAGGCAAAAUACACCGGCAAUCACAUAAGCAGUGAGGAUAAUGAGCUUACAGAUAAAUAUCUAAGCGAUAUAGAUUCCCUUAUAGGGAAAGUAAAUGAUGCCACAAACCAAAACGAAAAUUUGGAACCUCCUAGAAUAGAGGUAGAUAAUUCAUUGCUGAGAGUGGAACUAAGACACUUAAAUCCACAAAAUGAGAUGCGACGAACAUUUGGUAAACGAGUUGUUAAAAUUGAAAAUAAACGUGGCCGUCAAAAACCGACACUGAAGUGUACAUAUAUGGUUACUGCCAAAGAUUCCUGGCCUCGUAUACCGAAAAACGUUAUUUCGAUGAAAGCAGUACAGCCGCCGGAUCAGUUGGCGGGCCCUAGCCGUGCUCACAUUAAUCCUUUAGAGAAAAUUCAAUGGUUUGCUUUCGAACACAGCGCAUACUAUCAGGGAAUACAAAAUUUAUUUUUGCAAGCUGUUGAACGCACUGAUUCAGAAUUCUUUAUUAGUUUGAUUAGGCGUUGCCCAUAUCACGUGGAUUCUUUAAUACAGCUAAGUGAAUUAUGUAAAAUGACAGAGAACUAUAGCUUAGCUACUGAACUCAUUGAGCGCGCCGUACUUGUGCUAGAGUACUCACUACAUCCAUGUUUUAGUUUGACAUCGGGCAAUUGUCGUCUUGAUUACCGUCGCCAAGAAAAUCGGGCAUUCUUUAUUACAUUGUUUAAAUAUGCGCAAUAUUUGGAAGCGCGUGCUUGUUGUCGCACCGCUUUUGAAAUUUCCAAGUUAAUAUUGAACAUAAAUCCGAAAGUAGAUCCGCUUGCUAUAGUUCUGAUUAUCGACUACUAUGCUUUGCGUAGCAAGCAAUAUGCUUGGCUUAUAAAAUUCUACGAGGAAUACGAUACCGUGCGCAACUUAUCACAGCUACCCAACAUGGCAUACUCAUAUGCUUUGGCAUUAUUUUGCCAAUCAGGAGAUUGUGAAAAAACAAAUAAAGCUUUGCAGUAUGCACUGUUGAUGUUUCCUGGAGUGUUGCGCCUGCUUCUGGAUGAAUUAUCUGUAAAUACAGAUAUGCGUGUAAUAACAUCGUCUUACUUUAACUCUUCGAUAUCUGGCAGCCAAUCACCUUCACUGCAUCAGCUUGUGUCAUUGUACGUCUGUCGAGCCAAAGUAGUGUGGCGUGUGGACAAUAUGUUGCCUUGGUUGGAGCAUAACGUUAAUACAGUUUUGGAUCUUGUUGAUAAAAAGGAUGAAAUAAUUAACGAUUACAACAAGAAACGUGCGGUGCGUUAUGUCUCGCCGCCACGUCCCAUUUUACGUCAUGUGAUACUAUCGGAUUAUAAGGAAAAGGUACCAUUAGCUCCAUUCCUCAGCACGGAGAAGGAUCCGAUAGUGAUGUAUGAUCCUUUGCCGCCACUGGACUCGAUGAAUUCCUAUGAGCGAAAAUCAUCGUCUAGCAGCCCGACAACCGGCCCAAACCGAUCGGUUCUCAUGUUCUUUGAAUCGCUGAUGCCGUCAUUUAAUUUGAAUAAUCGUGGUGGUGAGCAACAACAGCAGCAAAAUGCCGUUGUGGAAGCUGUGGCCGAACGUGCUAAUGCUCUGCCCGCACCACAAGCUAAUGUGGGUCAUGAUGAUGAUGAAGUAGCGCAAGUGGAUCGGCAUCUUCAAGCAUUAAAUGCGAAUUUGGAAAAUGUCGCCGCUGAAGAUCCUGCCGCCAAUCCCGAAGGCGGCGCUUCAUAUCGAGAACUCACACAAUCACUGACAAAUAUCGUAGAUGCUAUGCGUGAUUUCCUGCAAAAUUUCCGUAUUGUCGAGCCCAUGCAGACGGCUGAUGCUGAAGAAAACGGCAGUUCCGAGGAAGACACCAGCGAUUACUUUGAUUGAAUGAAUGCUGCGCGCCUUUAAUUCGUUUUCCUUUAAUUUUCUUCU